GGAAGUUAAGGGACGGUUGCAAGCUUUUAUCAGGGGCAAGCGGAGACUCCAAAUAAAAUAAUUGAGAUUUUGACCACUCCCAGCGAUUUAUUCCCCUUCCCUAAUUAAUGGCUUCCAGUUCCAACAUGGACAUAGAGGGCGCGACCCAGCACCUUCGGGACAUCUUAAAACUGGAUCGUGCCGAGCCCUCUUUGGUUGAGAGCCAGAGAAAAACAUCUUUUAAUGGAGAGUUGAAUGGAGUUCUUGGAGCUGAGCUGAUCGGAACAAGUGGACAUGUGGCUAUGGUGGAGCCGACUACUCACAUCUUUGACAAGCUCAAUGGACAGGACACACAAACCAUUUGUCUCUCAGGAGAUGAUGGAUCCACCUGUGUGUCCAUCAGAGCAAACAAUGUGGAAAUUGUGUCUAGUCGCGACUCUAGUAUUGACAGUAAAGCUCGGGGCAGCAACAAGGUAAAAAUUCAGCCAGUGGCCAAAUAUGACUGGGAGCACAAGUACUACUAUGGCAAUUUAAUAGCCGUGUCUAACUCAUACCUAGCUUAUGCCAUCAGAGGUGCAAAUAACCAUUCUAUGAUCCGUGUUCUCCGGCUGGGUUCGACAGAGCGCUCACUGCUGAAGGGCUUCACUGGUGCAGUUACAGACCUUGCCUUUGCCCACCUGGACUCCACCCUGUUGGGCUGCGUGGAUGAGGCUGGAAACAUGUUCAUUUGGCAGCUCACCAGCCACAGCAGCAAAAUACACGAUGAAGUGAUAGUUCACAUCCGGAGGCCUGAGGCCACACCGCUGAACUCCAACCGCAGAAUUAUCUGGUGUCCCUUCAUUCCAGACGACAACGAUGAGAACCCAGAGGAUCCGUGUCAGACACUGGCACUACUUCAUGAAGACAGAGCUGAGGUUUGGGAUCUUGACAUCCUCCGAUCCAAUAACAGCUCAUGGCCUGUGGAUGCCACUGACCUGAAAGAGGGCUUCAUCACCAUUAGAGGGCACACUGCACGCAUUAGUGAGGGAGCACUGUCCCCUGAUGGCACUGUCUUGGCUACAGCCAGUCAUGAUGGAUAUGUAAAGUUUUGGCAGAUCUACAUUGAGGGACAGGACCAACCCAGGGUUCGCACAAGGGCCUUGAAGUGUUUAAGAUGCCUGCAUGAAUGGCAGCCACAUAAUGGGCGUCCUCUUUCUUGCCUGCUCUUUUGUGACAACCACAAGAAGCAAGACCCAGAAGUUCCGUUUUGGCGCUUCCUGAUCUCUGGAGCUGAUCAGAACCAGGAGCUGAAGAUGUGGUGUACAGUAUCAUGGACCUGCCUACAAACCAUCAGGUUUUCUCCAGAUCCAUUUAACAGUAGUGUGCUACCCAGUCUGAAGGCCAGUUUGGACCUAUCUGCAGAGUUUCUCAUCCUUAGUGAUGUUCAGAGGAAGGUGCUGUACGUAAUGGAGCUGCUACAGGAUCAUGAAAAAGGCCGUGCCAGCUUCACUGCAGUUUCAGAGUUUCUACUUACUCACCCAGUGCUCAGCUUCGGUGUACAGGAUGUCACUCGUGCACGACUGCGCCACACUGAAGUUCUUCCACCUGAUGAGGAAAGCGAGAGCAUGACUACAGAGGGGAGCCAGGGACCCUCAGAGUCCAAAUCAGGAAUCCAGAUUAAGCUCUACUGUGUGCAUACAAAAUCACUACAGGAUGUGCAGAUCUGGUUCCAACCCAAUCAGGGGGCCUCAUCCCCCCUUUUUUUGCCUCACGAUGGCUUUGGUUUCUCUGACCCCCUGGCAGAUCUGAAUGUGGAGGCAAUGAGCUCUGAUAAGGAGUCUGGUGAUAGUGGAUCACAGAAUGACCUGAGCAAGAUUCUGCCUCUCCCAACUCCAGCUGACUUCAUGAGUCCAGCCCCAUCAGCCUUGCCCAAACUCAUGACCCCAGAUGCCUUCAUGACCCCCAGCACCUCUAUGCCUGCCUCUCCUGGCAGCAGUGCCAGCAGUCUGACUAUAGUAACAGCCAUGAGCAGCUCAGACAGUGGUGCAAGGGGUGGAGAUGAUCUGGCCCAGAGUCCUAAAAUGUCUGUGGACUGUGGCAGCAGCAGCUUGAAUCUGAGUGUAAGCACAAGCAGUCCAAGAUCCAACUCGAUCCUCAUCUCAGGCCUUGGGGAAAACAUCCAGGUUUCCCCUCCAAACCCCCCUCUCUCCCUGGAUCUCCAAGCUAUAGAUCCAAUGGUAGUCCCCCAGGCCUCCCCAACUAGAGCUCGCUCUCCGGAUGUCAUCUCCUCCGCCUCUACUGCCAUGUCCCAAGACAUCCCUGAGAUCGCCUCAGAGACCCUCCAGAGAGGGUUGGCCGGGGCUGCCACCAACUCGCGUGACUCUGUCCCCACCCUGCACUCUGACAGCAUGGCAUCGGCUGCAUCAGUCCUUCACCUGCUGUCUCCGAGAGCCCGGAGCAGCGCAGAGCACAGUUUGCUGCCUCUGGAGCGGGGUGCAGCAUCUGUGGACGGGGAACAGAGACUCAAUAACACACCCUCCCUGCUGGAGACUGCUUUGUCACAGGAGAAUGCUGUAGCGGCUGCCGGGUCCUGUUCUGAUAGCAGCAUGAACCAUGCGUGGCCCGCAGCACCUGAUAUCACACGAGAGACUCGCAACAGCCUGAGAGACAAUGGCCUGGGAGACUGCUCUAGGGAGGAGAUAAAGGACAGGCACAUUUCUUCCCCCUACCACAGACGCACCUAUCACCUGACCCAGAACGACAGUCAAGAUGCAAGUGCAGAGCAGAGUGAUCAUGAUGAUGAGGUUGCGAGUCUGGCCUCCUCCUCAGGGAACUGUGGCCCCCGGUCCUCUCAUAGACUCCCUGCAAAAGACUGGAUAACAUCACCCCGCAGCUCCCCUAAGCUCAAGAGGAAGAGCAAGAAGGAUGAGGGCGAGUCCUCACAGUCUAGACAGAUUGACAGCCAGAUGAGUACAGAGGUCCAGGACGAGCUGAUUCAGAUGUUGAGGAGCCAGCAGAGGGAGAUUGCCGAGCUGAGACAGAGCCAGCUGGAGCUGCUGCAGAGAGUCACCAGCCACAUGGAUGCUGUGCAGAGCUCCCUUAUGGCUCACAUCGAGCACACCAUGCUGGCACAGCAAGAACAAGAACGGAGAAGAAUGGAGCGAAUUUUGACAGAGGGACAAAGCCGGAACCAACAGCUCCAGGACCAGCUGGCCCAGCAGCUGGCCCAAACUUUGAGCAACAGUCUCUCCAACCGGUUGGACAAAGUUCUGCGUGAAGAAAUGAAGAAGACCGUCCCACAGACCAUAUCAAAGACACUAGAACCUGUGACUGGCCAGAUGUGCAACACCAUUGCUGCCAAGUUAACUGCUGUGGAAGCAACACUGAAGGAAAAUGUCACCAAAGUCGUUAAGUCCAAGAACACUACAGAUGCGAUUGGACGUGCUGCUGCCGAGGCAAUGCAGGGCCCCAUCCAGGCAGCCUACAAAGAGACCUUCCAGAGCAUCGUGCUGCCCGUGUUUGAACGAGGCUGCCAGUCCAUGUUUCAGCAGAUCAAUGACAGCUUCAAACAGGGAACCCAUGAGUACAUCCAACAGCUGGAGACGCACAUCAAGAACAGUAAACAGCAGGACCAGGAUGCACGGGAUCCUGUGAUUGGCCAGCUGCAACAGAUGAUUGACACCCUCCAGAGUUCCCAGGACCAGCUGGCCAACACUGUGAAAUCCAGUGUGUGCUCUGAUGUCCAGCAUCAGCUUCACAUGAUUGUGGGAAAUCUGCAAGACUCCAUCCUGACACAGGUGCAGCGUAUUGUCAAGGGUGAGGUGGGUCUGGCAAUGAAGGAGCAGCAGGCAGCUGUGACCUCCAGCAUCAUGCAGGCCAUGCGCUCAGCCGCAGGAACACCUGUCCCCACCACACACCUGGACUACCAGGCCCAGCAGGCCAGCAUUCUGCUGUUACUACAGCAAGGCCAGCUCAACGAAGCCUUCCAACAGGCCUUGUCUGCAGCAGACCUGAAUCUGGUGCUGUAUGUGUGUGAGACCAUUGACUCUCAGCAAGUGUUCGGCCAGCAGCCCUGUCCACUCCAUCAGGCCGUCCUGCUGUCCCUCAUCCAGCAGCUGUCCACCAACCUGAGCACACGCACAGAACUCAAGAUCAGCUAUCUGGAGGAUGCUGUGAUGAAUCUGGACCAUGGAGAUCCAGUCACCAGAGAUCACAUGUCGGCAGUGCUGUCCCAGGUACGACAGAAGCUCUUCCACUUCCUGCAGCAGGAUGCCCACAGUCCCCUGAGCAAGCGUGCACGGCGCCUCAUGAUGAUGCUGCAGGGCCUGGUCAACCACUAGUGAUGUGUGCCGAUGUCACAGCUAACAUCUUUGCAAUCCCUCUGCCAUGGUUUUGCAGUCUCUUGGAUGAUCAUGACCUUACUUCACCUUGCUUUUUUGUUGCUUUAUCUAUACUCUGCAUCUUAUUGGCUUUUUCAGCAGCACUAUUGACUUAAGUAUUUCAUCUCGUGUGGCAUUUUGAUUUAAUUUUUCUGAACAAUUGAAAGAUUAGUCCUCAGUUUGUAUGCGGCAUCAAUAUCAAUGCAGAAUGGGACAAAGAGUAUUUCAGUUUAAGAGGCUGUUAUUUUCAUGGUGCGUUCAAUACCAGGAGAAUACGACAUCAUUUGCUUUCAUCCUUGACACAUCAGGAACAAGACUGUGGAGAAUGAAAACUAUAAUGUGAACACUUAGUUUCUGUUAAAUGGUUUGCCCAUAGUUCUGGCUGCUCUGCUUUUUUCCUUUUUUUAUUUUAUUUUUUUAUUUUUUUAGUUUAUCAUGCUGAAAUGCAGUCGAACGCCGCUGACACGGAGACAUUAUCAUCGCCUUAUUGCUAAAGGUUAUAUUAGGCCACUUAUCCUUAUCUCACCCAGCAAUUUACUGAAAGAAAGAGUUAUUUGGCAAACUUGCUGCCUUUUCAUGUCAAGUGGAGUAUCAGACAAAUUCCCUGAAUGUUUAAGUUUGGUUGCUCUCUUUUUGUUUUUUGUUUAUCUUGGCCGGAGAAGGUCACAGCAAGAGUUUUUGUUCUGGUAAAAGUUUAAAUUAAGCUUCUGGACUAUUGCUAAAUCAGCCCACUCAAUUGAUAAUACAUUUUUCAGUUAACAGUGUCCUGUAAGAUAUGUAAAAGGACUUAUUAUAUUACCAAGGCAUGCUAACAAAAUGUAGUUAUUUAGAGUUUCUUCAAAAAGAACCUCGAGUUACUUGGCUGUUUGUAACUUGCAGUAUGUCCAUGAGUCUCUAGAGGGCAGGCAUUUAUGUAUUUUUUUUUUUCUUCUAUUUUUAUAUGCUGCUUUUGUGCAUUCCAGUUCUUCUGUGAAAUUACAAUACAGCAAAUGCAAUGAAGCUUUUCUUUUUUUUCUUUUUUUAUUAAUACUGUCUUUAUUAAACUGUUUUUUGUCUUCUAUUCCCCAAAUAUUGAACGUGUUGGAGAAUGUGGCUGAAACUAACUGAAUGCCUAUUUUCUUCUCUCUUUUAGUCAAUUGAUUGUAUUUGAUUUCAGCUGAGAUUGCCAACACUUGUUAUUCAUUUGGAGGGUACUAUAUGGUCAUGCCCUCAGAUGGAGAAAGAACAAAAAAAAGAAGGUGCCUUAUCAGACUAUUGUGUAUCAGAUACUGGUAAUCUGUCCUCAGACCUGGCUUGAUAGGCCACAUACAAUUGUGUGCUGAAUAGCUGGCAGCCUCUCUCUAAAGAAAUUGUCUUUUUCACUAAAGCAAGGAAACAAAGUUAGGGAUGGACAGGGUUGUUACUGAAACAUUUUGUUUAAAGUGUGUAUAGCAACUGUGAUCCAAGUUUAUUUUCAGCCAUUAUUCCUCACAAGUUUAUAACGUGAGGAAGUGCAGCCUCUGUUUAUUGUAUUUGUGUUAACACAUUAUUCGUUCCCCUGUCGUCUUUAUUUUUUUAGAGCUGUGUGCAUAUUAUAGCCAUUUGUAGCAGUCAGUGUGGCUCAGUAGGACCUUUUUACAAAGUGUGGGCAAUAUGUCCUCUUUUGCUUCAUUCACAUGUUACAAAUGCUCUGCAACUGACAUGAGCCUGCUCUGUAAUUAAAGGUAAUUCUGAGGCGAUAAUAAGAAUAUAUUAAACUCCAGCAUGCUUGCAUGCUUCUGGUGAGAGCCAUGUAUUCAAAAUUACAUUUAACCUGUUUUUACAAGUUCAAUUCCCCACUUUGAUUUUUCCAUUGCGUUUCAUUUUUUUGUUCCUUGUGUUUGCUAAAUAUGUUGUAUAUUUUACACAUUUCUUUCAUCCUACAUGUUUUGGAAUAAAAAAAAAAAAAAAAGGAAAACAACACUGUUCAAUGAUCAGUUAA